UAUCAGCCACGUCACUUCAUAAUGUAAUCUCGCUGUGGCUGGAGAAUAGCAGCAGAGGGACAGCGCAGCAUUGCCUCGCAACAUUUCGACCCCACCUGGCGCUAUGUUGUUGCUUCUGCUAAUGCUGAGCCUUGGGGUAGCUGCCGACACUACCGUGGACGGCGUAAGAAAUGGACGGCUUAAUCUUUGUCCGCUGGCAUGGGAGAUAUACCCGUGUUCAUGUACGUGGGCAGAGGACCUCGGCCAGCCAGAUCUUUACUGUUCCAACAUUGAAAGCCUGUCGGAGCUUCAAAACAUCUUCCUG